GGGUCGUUGGAAAGCCCGUCUCUCUCUCUCUGUGCGUGUCCGAGCGAGCCAGCAACCCUGCCGGUGUCUUCUUUCUUUCCACUGACACUGCGAGAGACAGAGAGAAAGAACUCGUGAGAGAAGUCCAUGCCCAUGCCGAUGGCCAUGUCCAUGUCCGGAUCCGGCGGGCCGUUUGGGGAGGGGGAGGGGGAGGGGGAGGGGGCGUCGCUGCCGGCGACGUCGGGUGCGGACGCGAAGAAGCGGCGGGUGACCUACUUCUACGAGCCGAGUAUCGGGGACUACUACUACGGCCAGGGCCACCCGAUGAAGCCCCACCGCAUCCGGAUGGCCCACAACCUGGUCGUCCACUACUCCCUCCACCGCCUCAUGGAGAUCUGCCGCCCCUUCCCCGCCUCCGCCGACGACAUCCGCCGCUUCCACUCCGAUGACUACGUCGACUUCCUCUCCGCCCUCGCCUGCCCCACCCCCGCCCCUCCCCCAGCCGACCCUCGCCUCCUGAAGCGCUUCAACGUCGGCGAGGACUGCCCCGUCUUCGAUGGCCUCUUCCAGUUCUGCCAAGCCUCCGCCGGCGGUUCCAUCGGCGCCGCCGUCAAGAUCAACCGCGGCGACGCUGACAUCGCCAUCAACUGGGCCGGCGGUCUUCAUCACGCCAAGAAGUGCGAGGCCUCCGGCUUCUGCUACGUCAACGACAUCGUCCUCGGCAUCCUCGAGCUCCUCAAGUUCCACAGGCGUGUGCUCUACGUAGACAUUGAUGUCCAUCAUGGAGAUGGUGUUGAAGAGGCUUUUUUCACAACAGAUAGAGUCAUGACUGUCUCAUUCCACAAAUAUGGGGACUUCUUUCCUGGGACAGGGCAUAUCAAGGACAAUGGUUUUGGGAAAGGAAAGUACUAUGCUUUGAAUGUUCCUUUGAAUGAUGGCAUGGAUGAUGAUAGCUUCCGUGGACUAUUUAGGCCAAUCGUUCAAAAAGUAAUGGAGGUUUAUCAGCCAGAUGCAGUGGUUCUCCAGUGUGGUGCGGAUUCCUUGGCUGGAGAUAGGCUAGGUUGCUUCAACUUGUCAGUGAAGGGGCAUGCAGAUUGUCUACGAUAUCUCAGAUCUUUUAAUGUACCUCUGAUGGUUUUGGGAGGUGGAGGUUAUACUAUUAGGAAUGUUGCUCGCUGCUGGUGCUAUGAGACAGCUGUUGCAGUUGGUGUGGAACCUGAUAAUAAGUUGCCAUACAAUGAAUAUUAUGAGUACUUUGGUCCUGACUAUAAUCUUCAUAUUGAACCUAAAAACUUGGAGAAUCAAAACUCUCCACAAGAUCUCGAGAGAAUGAGGAAUGUUUUGUUGGAGCAUCUUUCAAAGAUACAACAUGUUCCGAGUCCGCAGUUUCAGGCCAGACCUCCAGAUGCAGAAACCCCUGAGGAGGAAGAGGAGGAUAUGGAUCGCAGGCCUCAAAGUCAACUAUGGAGUGGUGAAUGUUAUGAUUCUGAACCAGAAGAGGACCAAAAGCCUCAACAUGGACAUUCUAGCAUUAGUGAUAUAUCUGCAGUGCACUCUGAUAAUGUGGACCGGCUAUAAAAAUUUGAAGCAGCUGAGCAAGCCAAUUACCGUUUGUCAAGGAUCUACAUCAAGAAAGAAUAUGGACAAACCUUCAUCCAUGAGAUCAUCGUUACAAUUGUGCACUUAUCUGCUUUGUUGUAUCUGAAAGAUGAAAGACGCUGAUGUUCAGCAAUGGGAGGCUGUCAAUUCUUUUUGCAGUUGAGGUAUGUGUCUGGAGAAAUUGUUGUGCUAUUGCAUUUUGCAAACACAAAGCACGCCCCCCAAACACCCGCGCCUCUCCUGAAAAAGGAGAACAGAAAAUGGAAAAUAAACUCGUACAUGUAAUGUAGAAGUUGAAGUGCGUAUAUUCUACUGUCAUUGCUCCUUUCCUCUGAUGUUAAAUGACCUCCAUGCUCUUGCAAGAGGACCGCGAUUCCAAGUUUUUGCCAGCAGGGAUGUAGAAACAGUUGGUAGAGUCUUCUGUGCGUAAAUCUAAAUCACAGCCCAUUUGUUUUUGAAAAA